GUUAAAACGGAUACUUGAUGAGCCGAAGUAAUCCAAUUAGAGAGAUCAAACAUGUCGACCUUAGGGCUCUACUCAGAUCAACAAUAAUCAGAAUCUCAGAGAGCAUCCUUUCCAAUCCGAGCUGAUUCCGAGUUAACUAAGUGGCAUUCGCGCUAGGCCUCUGUCUUCCUCGCUUGUAAGGGUUUGAGAUAAAAGUGAGCAAUAUAUCAGAUGUUGAAAGGGAGGAAAAUUUCAGGAAGAGGAGAAACAGUAGCAGCAAACUAUGCUUUUGGGCCUUUAGAAGAUGAUAUUGUAAUAAAACAUAGGUUACUUACCCGUACAACAACUACUCGUGGUGAACCUCCAUUGAAAAAGCUUCAAAAAAAGUUCACUUCUUUUGUUGUUGAAGUUGAAAAGAAUGAUGAGGAUAACUACAAUGACUGUGUUCGGCUUUCAAAAGCAUUCUUGCAAGAGUUAUCGACUUUUGAGAUUCCACUUCUUAAAAGUAAAGCUGUGAUCGAUGCCAAUUUGAGAGAGAAGGAGAAUUUUACCGAGUUGAUUGAUGAGAUCACUAGGCAGAUUUCACAGGCGCAAGAUGAUAUUGAGGAUUUGAAGAAGCAGCUUGAGGAGAGUAAAAUUGAAAGGCAACAUAAGGAGGAGUGUGAGGCUAUCAGGAAAUUGAUUGCUAUGCAACCACCAAGGUCGGAGACACAGAAGCUUAUAGAAGAUUUGGAGAAAGAGAUUGCUGGUUUGGAGGCAGAGAAUAUCGCUGGUUCGAGGUUGCUGGAGCUUCGAAAGAAACAGUUUGCCCUUUUGUUGCAUGUGGUAGAUGAGUUGCAAAACAGUAUAGAGGAAGAUCAAAAGAAUUUGAUUGAGGAGAUGAGAAUGGCAACUGAGGAUCAGAAAAAUGGGAUGGAGGAUGCAGAUGGUGGCUCAGAAGCAAUGGCUGUUGAUCAGUGACAUACUCUAUCCAUCCUGCGAUUUGGUGGUGCUGUGCUUUUCAAGACCUUAUAUGUUCUCUAGCCAGAUUGCAUAAAUUUCUUUUGUAGUAAAAAAUUGGAAAUGUAGCUUUGCUCUUCUGUUGUAAUAUAUAGGCAACAACUUGAAAUUGAAAAUUUUCUGUAGCUGUUGUUGUCCUGCAUAUUUCCACAUUGUGUUGUGAGAAAAUUCUCAUCUCCUUUAAUUCCCACCAAAUUUCUUGAUCCAUUAUUAUUCA